GUUUCAGCCGUCGUCUCUCGCUGUCAUCUUGGCGAUUCAAUGGUUGGGUCAUCAAGCCGUCUUGUGACCGCCCAAAAGAAGCAAGCCGUCGUGUUUGAAUCCUGUCCGGCCCUGUCCUUCUCCCCGCCUCCACCUCAGAAGUAUGGAGUUGUACUGACGCAGCUUCGCUCUAUUCUUGGGUCUCCUGACGCACAGAGCCCUGAACUCUACUGCUGA